AUGAAAGACAUUAGUCAAGCAAUGGUAGAUGAUAGUAGUGAAUCAAUACUCGCAUUUAAAAAACAAAAUGAGUUGAUCAUUAAACAAAAUACCUACUUGAAGCAACUACAUAAAGAGUUAAAAGGCAAAUCAUGUGAUGUAAUACAAACGGCUGAACGAGCAUUUCAGGCUGUCGUCAUUUUUACACAACAUGAAGGUGGUAGUGGUGUGUGUAUUAGUGAAGACGGUUUAAUUUUGACUUGUGCACAUUGUGUUUACGAUGUAGAUGAUGAAAAAGAUGAAAUUAAUAUUAGAACAACAGGAAUUGGUAUUAACAAAACAAUUCUGUUUACAUCUGGUGAUCUAUGUCAUACUGAAUGUAUUGCUUGGGAUCCCAUUAGAGAUUGUGCAUUAUUAAAAAUAAUUUCAUCAUCUUCUCGAACAAAAGUCUUUCAGUUUAUAUCUAUUUUAAAGUCAACAGCAAAAUCGCACCUGUUAUUAUGUAUAGGUCAACCAGGUCGAGAUGAUUUAGAAUCAAAAACACUUAAAAAAACUAAUUAUCCGUUGGUCUAUACAUCGUUGGGACGCUUUCGAGGUUAUUUACAUGGUGGUAAGAAAUUACAGAAUAAUAGUGAAAUUGGACAAUUAAAACACAACUGCUGGACAUAUUGGGGACAUUCGGGUGCACCUUUAAUCACACAACAAGGAAAAUUAUUUGGACUACACAGUUCAUGGGAUGAUAAAACAACAAUGAGACACGGAAUUCCUCUAGUGGCAAUAGAAAAUUUUUUAAAAGAUUUUAAAAAUCUAGAGAAGAACUGA